GAAAUGCGUCAGGGACCACGCUGCGCCGCGCCGCCGCAGUCGGGCCUGGGUCGCCACGGUAACGCGCGCGGUCAGGUGUCUGAUCAUGAGCGUCCGGGUCGCGCGGGUAGCGUGGGCCCGGGGCUUGGGCGCCAGCUACCGCCGCGGCGCCUCGAGCUUCCCGGUGCCUCCGCCGGGCGCCCAGGGUGUAGCGGAGCUGCUGCGAGAUGCGACCGGGGCAGAGGAGGAGGCGCCCUGGGCGGCGACGGAGCGGCGAAUGUCGGGCCAGUGCUCCGUGCUGCUCUUCCCCGGCCAGGGCAGCCAGGUGGUGGGCAUGGGCCGCGGUCUGCUCAACUACCCGCGCGUCCGCGAACUCUACGCCUCCGCCCGCCGCGUGCUGGGCUACGACCUGCUGGAGCUGAGCCUGCAUGGGCCGCAGGAGACCCUGGACCGCACCGUGCACUGCCAGCCCGCGAUCUUCGUGGCAUCGCUGGCCGCUGUCGAGAAACUACAUCACCUGCAGCCGUCGGUGAUUGAGAACUGUGUUGCUGCUGCUGGAUUCAGCGUGGGAGAGUUUGCAGCCCUAGUGUUUGCUGGAGCCAUGGAAUUUGCUGAAGGUUUGUAUGCAGUGAAAAUCCGAGCUGAGGCCAUGCAGGAAGCUUCAGAAGCUGUCCCCAGUGGGAUGCUGUCUGUCCUCGGCCAGCCUCAGUCCAAGUUCAACUUCGCUUGUUUGGAAGCCCAGGAACACUGCAAGUCUUUAGGCGUGGAGAACCCCGUGUGUGAAGUGUCCAACUACCUCUUUCCAGAUUGCAGGGUGAUUUCAGGACACCAAGAGGCUCUACGGUUUCUCCAGAAGAAUUCCUCUAAGUUUCAUUUCAGACGCACCAGGAUGUUGCCGGUUAGUGGUGCAUUCCACACCCGCCUCAUGGAGCCAGCCGUGGAGCCCCUGACGCAAGUUUUAAAGGCAAUCGACAUUAAGAGGCCUCUGGUUUCUGUCUACUCCAACGUCCACGGGCAUAGAUAUAUGCAUCCCAGCCACAUCCAGAAGCUGCUGGCCCAGCAGGUGGUCUCCCCGGUGAAGUGGGAGCAGACGAUGCAUGCCAUAUACGAGAGGAAAAAGGGCAGGGAGUUCCCCCAAACUUUCGAAGUAGGCCCUGGCAGGCAGCUGGGAGCCAUCCUGAAGAGCUGUAACAUGCAGGCCUGGAAGUCCUACAGUGCCGUGGAUGUGCUACAAACCCUCGAACAUGUGGACCUGGACCCUGAGGAGCCCCGGAGAUGACUGCAGGGGGCUCAAAUGGAAUGACCCGCUCUGUCCUGAGGAGAGGCUGUAGGGUGUGCCUGCCACAGCCUCCCUUCCUAACGGCUCCUCCUCUGAGGAGUGAAAGGGAUUUGUUUGCAACGUGCUUUGAAGGCCACAUAAAAAGCCCUAAAAAUGAGUAUUUCUUUCCAUGACCCAGUCCAUUUCUCUCCCUUGGAAAAACGUUGGAUGUUGGGAAGAAUGAUGCCACAGGGCUGGUGUGUGGGGAAGCUGGAAGCCCGGCCCCACCUCUGCCAGCCCUGCACCAUAGGCGGGUGUGCCAUCUCAGCGGGAAGGGGAGGACUGGCCGCUGCAGCCUGCCCUGCUCUGUGAGUGCUGAGAACAUGCUGGUGUGGCCUCAAGUUCGGCCAGUGCCAGGGGAGCCCCUCCACCACCCCCUGCCUCCCCUUCAGGGCUCCUUUGUCACAAAUCUGAAAGGUUUUAGAACCCAAUUGGCCUUGGCGGUUUUGUUCACCCCCUCACUUGACAACUGGGAGACGGAGUCCCACAUUUAUUGACAUACCCAAGAGAUAUGUAUUGCCUGCUGUGUGCUAGAGAGUGAGUGCGCUCUGUUCUGGUUGAAGGGUCCUUUAGUGAGGUGCGGGGUGUGGGGAGUGCCAGGAAGGGAGGGCGGCUGAGGCCCUGGUCCUAGGGGUGGAGCCAUGGAGGAACACCCUGGUCACCCACUGGGACUUCGGGUUUGCGGGGCACCAGAGGCACAGCGCAUACCUGCCUCGGAGCUGACCCCUGGCUCCAUGCCCCGCCCUCAGAGCAGCUCCUGUGUCAAUAUUAAGUAUGAGACAUUCCAAGCUGCUUGGGUGGUUGUUCAUUAUUCAGAGAUAGUGGGAAAACAUUAUUGGGAAUGAACUCUGAUUGUCUUAAAAUGUUACCGUUGUGUAGACACGUCGAGUCCUGGAUAGGGUUUCUCAUUUUCUCGUUUUUAGUUCUCUGGUGUUUCUCAGCAGGGCCUGGCUGGCCUUUGGGCAGAACCCUCCUUAUAUUGGACUGUCCCACUCUUGGGCAGCUGCCCUGGUGCCGGGCCAUUACACACCAGCAGCACUUCCAGGCAUUGUGACCCCCAAACACCCUGCAUGUCUCGAAGCCCUGGCCAGAAACACAAAAGCCGACGCAAUGGGACUCCCACUGCAGCCUGCGUGCAUGUCCCUGGGAGCGCGAUAGUUCUUUGGAAAGAACUAUGUCUUAAAUCUUUAUUGCACAGGGAACUUGGUUAUUUUAAGUACUGAGCAUGUUUGAAGCUCCUUCCCUGAAAGCUUCAAGCAAUGGCAGCCUCAGGAGACCCAGGCUCUCCACGUCCAGGUUCUCUGGCAGCGCUGCAGGAAAAGGAUGGCCACGUUCAGCUCUGAGGAACAAAAUCCCAAAUAAGGGAGGGGUCUGCCUCUCCAGGAGGACAGCAGUAAGGGAUGGCAGGCCUUACCACUUGCUCUCUGUGCACUGCCCUUGUCCUCACGGCCUGGGACAAGAUCCAAGCCCAUGAAGGGGUGAGAGAAAUUAGCUGGGCGUGGCAGUGUGCGCCUGUAAUCCCAUCUACUUGAGAGGCUGAGGCAGGAGAAUUGCUUGAACCUGGGAGGCGGAGGUUGCAGUGAGCUUAAGAUGGCACCACUGCGCUCCAGCCUGGGUGACAGAGCGAGACUCCGUCGCGAAAAAGAAGUCUGUUCUCCAUGGAACAACAUUCUGUCCAGAUCAGGGCUCAGCCUCUCUUUGCUGAGCACAUCCUGGCCUGGCCUGCUGCCUUUACAUUUCACUCACAAGCCCACCCACCUCUGGCCAACAAGAGUGGUCUCCAGCCAAGCACGGUGGCUCACACCUGCAAUCGCAAUACUUUGGGAGGCUGAGGCGGGUGGAUUACCUGAAGUCAGGAGUUCAAGACCAGCCUGGCCAAUGUGGUGAAACUCCAUCUCUACUAAAAAUACAAAAAUUGGCCAGGCAUGGUGGCUCAAGCCUGCAACCCCAGCACUUUGGGAGGCCGAGGUGGGUGGAUCACCUGAGGCCAAGAGUCAAGACCAGACUGGCCAACGUGGCAAAACCCAUCUCUACUAAAAAUACAAAAUAAAUUAGCCAGGCUUGGUGGCAGAUGCCUGUAAUCCCAGCUACUCAGGGGGCUGAGGCAGGAGAAUCACUUGAACCAGGAGGUGGAGGUUGCAGUGAGCCAAGACCAAGCCACUGGACUCCAACCUGGGCAACCAUCGCAAAACUCCCAUCUCAAAAUAAAAAUACAAAAAUUA